AUGGGAGCCGAGGUUUUGCCUGCGCCGGUAUUGGCACCAUGCGUUCCUGCUAAACGUUCAUUUGACGAGUCUGAAAUACAGUCAACUUCCACGGUGAAUAUCGGAUCAUCUCUAGGGACCCCAAAAGUCAUCCACAACCGCAAUGUCCCAGAACUACCUCGAUUACAGCCUCUGGGUGAACUCGACGCCAACCUCUACUCUUUCGGCGGUCCUGUUCAUGCUUUCCUGAACUCGUCUGAGUUGAGCCCUAUUCAAGAAGAAAAAGAAGAAAGAACCGAGGAGGGUCAACACAUUGCGAGAACUCAACCAACUACGGGAGAGCCUCAAAGUCAAGAUAUGGAACCAAUCGACCUUUCCAUCUUCUUGGUAAAUGACUCGUACCCUCCUCUCCCAGACCCUCCGGGUGCGAUAUCUUCAGUUUCAUCCACUACUCUCAGUGCCAACGACAUCAAUACGCGUGCGCCUCUAUCUGUGGGGUUUCAACUUGAAGCCAACCCCCCACAAGUGGCACAAGCUCGGCCUUCUCAACCUACUGCCCCGGCUCACGAUGAUAGUCCCGAGGAAGAAACAUCGGAUGUGGUUUCAUGGACUGAAAGUCCACACUCGGUAUUUGAAGACCUGGGCGACACCACAUCAAGCUACACAGCCUCAUUACUAUCUGACGUAAAAAACUUUACGUACGAAAAUGGAAGACGGUACCAUUCCUAUCGGGAGGGAAUGUACCUACUUCCAAACGACGAGCCAGAACAAGAUCGACAAGAUUUACUCCACCAUGUCCGAAACCUCGUUCUUCACGGCCGACUGUUCCGAGCUCCACUGUCCGACAACAUCCAACGAAUCCUGGACAUCGGCACCGGAACUGGGAUCUGGGCCAUCGACGCCGCGGAUGCCUUCCCCAGCGCCGAGGUCAUAGGGACUGAUUUAAGUCCCAUCCAGCCAUCGUGGGUCCCACCAAACUGUCGAUUUAUCGUCGACGACGCCGAAGCCGAUUGGUUGUACAGUCGAUCUCAACCUUUCGACUACAUUCAUGCCCGCGAUAUGGGUGGUGCCAUUGCCGAUUGGUCGCGGUUACUGGCGCAAAGCUUUCAACACCUACGACCGGGUGGGUGGAUUGAGUUGUGUGAAUUUGAGGUGAUGCUUAGGUCAGAUGAUGAUUCCAUUGCUAUUGCGCCGACGUUGUGCGAGUUUCUCGGCCAUUUGGUUCUGGCUAGCAUGCAGUUCAAGCGGCCCAUGAACAUUGCGGAACAUCAUCGGCGGCACUUGAUUGAGGCAGGUUUUGAAGAUGUUCGAGAUGAGGUUUACAAGGUAAGACCUUUGCCGCGGUUGUAUCUUUAUUGGCUGUUUCUUUGGGGCUACGCUGUGUUUGGUUAUUUUCUCGUUGCUGAUUUUAUCAUCAUACAGGUCCCUUCAAAUACUUGGCCCGAUAAUUCUCUCCAAAAAGAAAUCGGCAAAUACAACUUGUGCUCUCUUUUGCUAGCAGUGGAGUCAUACUCGCUGGCUCUGUUCACUCGUGUGAUGGGAUGGUCGAAUGAAGCAACCCAGGUAUUCCUGGCAGGUGUUCGUGCUGAUCUCAAGAACCCUAAUGUUCGCACGUACUGCAAUCUGCAUGUUGUCUACGGUCGGAAGCCGUCUCACCAGUAG